AUGGCGGGGCCGUGCAGGGCCCCGCUCCGCUCCUCCCGCGGGCGGCGGGGACGGACGAGGUCAGCCGGGCCGGGCGGGAGAGCAGCGAGUAGAGGCGGGAGCCGCGGGUCGCCCUGGCCUAGCUUCGCGGAGGCGGCGCCGGGCGCGCCCGCACCACUACCGCCAUGUGGUGCCGCGGAGCCGGUGGGCUGCGGGCGGGAGCCGUGGCCGCCACAGCCGCCCUCCUCUUUGUGUGGGACCGAGCGGGCGGCGUGCAGCGCCCGCAGCGCCGCCUGCCGCCGGAGCCCCGCGGCAGCCAGCGCACCCGUCGGGCCUCGGCACCACUGCGCAAGCGCCGCGCUGGCGGCCGCCGCUACCGCGCUUGCGUGUCGGAGAGUCGGGGGCUGCGGUGCGGGUGGCUGUGACCUGGUUGAGGGGCAGAGCUGUUCUGAGGGAGCAAGUGCCCUCCCGAUGAGGAACUUCUGGCCCGUUCCGUCGCCGCGCCCAAGCAGGGCUGUCGGCAGCGCCGGGCCUGCUCUGGGUCUGCUCUGGGUCCCACCGCACCCCGCAGCGGCGGCACCGCUAGCUGUCGGGACCUUCCUGCCCCGGUCCCCUCAGGCGGGAGCUCAGUGCUCGAGCGUUGCGUGUUCCCCGAUGGCCGGUGUCUUUGGGCCCUGCUUCCUUGGCCCUGUCCCCUCGCAGGAACGGGGUGGAGCACCGGUGCCAGAGGAUAUUGCUUUUCCAGUUGGAUUUGCUUGGAGGGCAGCUACAACAGCAUAUCAAAUUGAAGAAGGCUGGAAUGCAGAUGGAAAGGGCCCUAAUGUCUGGGACACAUUCACCCAUCAGGGAGGAGAUCGAGUUUUCAAGAACCAGACUGGUGAUGUAGCUUGUGGCAGCUACACUCUGUGGGAGGAAGAUUUGAAAUGUAUCAAACAGCUUGGAUUGACUCAUUAUCGCUUUUCUCUUUCCUGGUCACGUCUGUUACCUGAUGGGACGACAGGUUUCAUCAACCAGAAAGGAGUCAAUUAUUACAGCACAAUCAAUAAUAACUUGGGAAAUGGCAUGUGCUCCCUGUAUCACUUUGGCUUACCUCAGUCCUUAGAAGAUGAAGAUGGCUGGCAAUCUGAAAAGAUCAUUGAGACCUUUGAUAUUCAUGCAAAGUAUUGCUUCAGAACAUUUGGAGACUGAGUGAUCACUAUUAAUGAGCCUUAUGUUGUUGCUGUAUGUGGCUGUGAAAAUGGUAUAGCGCCAGUUGGUAUCCGAGCUUACAAGACAGCUUAUAAUAUGCUAAAAGCUCAUGUUAAAGCUGGACAUAGUUGUGACAAGAUAUUUGGACAAAAGAAAAGUGGGCUUAUGACUAUAGCUCUGAACUGAGAUUGGUAGAACCUCUGUAGCACAUCAAAAAGCAACUUUUGCUUUUUACCCUUUACCUUAGAUGUAUUUUUCAGGACAAUAUUUACUGAUGAUGAAUAUCCAGCCAUCAUGAUGUCUGAUAUUUCUGCAAUGCAUUCAAAGCAGGGUUAUUUAUCAACAAGGCUUCCAGAAUUCACUAAAGAGGAAAAAGUUAUCAUCAUGGGUACUGCUGACUUCUUUGCUCUGAACUUAAGGUUUUCCUGGCAUGCAGCUGCUCCUGGCAAUGGGACCUGCAAUGACUGCCAGUACCAAGGGGAUACAUAUAAUAACCCUAUAAUUUAUAUCACUGAGAAUGGGUUUUCCCAAAGUGACCCUGCACUACUUGAUGGCAGUCAACUAUGGGAGUAUUUCAGGCUGAUUUUACAGGAAAUUUUAAAAGGUACCAUUUAA